GUAAAUAAGCACUUUCCCUGCGAUUACAUCCGUCUCUACGCAGGAUCACUGGCACAAUGAGCUUGACAUCUCAAAAGUUUGGCACUUCUUUUCUGUCCCUUCUGCCCAGUCCGAAGCAGGUGCAGCAUAUAAAAGGAGCAAACACAUGUAAUACUCUCACAAUGCUGCACAAUGAUGAUGAGUUGCCAUCUAAAAUAUAAGUAGAAACUGCAUAGUAAAAUUAUGGGGAAGAAAGUUUGUCAAGGUAAAUGAAUGGAGCUCCAGCAAUCUCAGAUAAAUAAGGCAGCAAACAGGAGUGGCCAGUGUCCUGUAGAGCUCCAUGUGCACAAUCUUCAAAACGGCUCAAAAUGCCAAGACACACUUUAUCACAGAGCCGUCAAGGGUCUGUGCUGCAAGCCAAAAGUGUGUGAGGGCUCCAGAAUGAACCCAAAGUCUCUAAUUCGCUCUCCUCCCAUUUCCCCACCUUCCUCCAAUGAGCUCCUCAUGCAGGCCAUUGACUUCAUUAACCAGUACUACAAAUCCUUUAAAAGCUCUAAAAUAGACAAGCAUUUGGCCCGGGUUAAUGAGGUAGCUCAAGAGAUUGAUGUCACCGGAUCUUAUCAGCUCACUACUGAAGAGCUCGUGUUUGGAGCCAAGCAGGCUUGGAGGAACGCGCCCAGGUGCAUUGGCAGAAUUCAGUGGUCCAAUUUGCAGGUGUUUGAUGCACGGAAAUGCAAGACAGCAGAGGACAUGUUCCAGUUUCUUUGUGCUCAUCUUAAAUUUGCUUCCAAUGGAGGCAACCUGAGGUCAGCCAUCACUGUGUUCCCUCAAAGAACCGAUGGCCAGCAUGAUUUCCGGGUUUGGAACAGUCAGCUCAUUAAAUACGCUGGCUAUAAGAUGGAGGACGGCCAAUUUAUCGGAGACCCUGCUAAUGUGGAGUUCACUGAAAUUUGUGUCCAACUUGGGUGGACACCAAAGUAUGGGUCCUUUGAUGUCCUGCCACUGGUCUUGCAGGCUAAUGGAGAAGAUCCUGAGCUGUACAAAAUUCCUGCAGAGUUGAUACUGGAGGUUGAAAUAGAGCAUCCUCAUUACAAAUGGUUCAAAGAUCUGAACCUUAGAUGGUAUGCAGUGCCUGCAGUGUCUAACAUGUUGCUGGAGAUUGGAGGUCUUGAGUUCACAGCAUGCCCCUUCAGUGGCUGGUACAUGGGCACUGAAAUUGGUGUGAGGGACUUCUGUGACACUCAUCGCUACAACAUCCUGGAGAAAGUUGGACAGUGUAUGGGGUUGGAGACACACAAGCUGUCAUCACUGUGGAAGGACGAGGCUCUGGUUGCCGUCAAUGUUGCGGUGAUUCACAGUUUUCAGAAAAAUAAGGUGACCAUCACAGAUCACCACUCUGCCGCCGAGUCCUUCGUGAAGCACAUGGAGACUGAACUGCAUCUGCGUGGUGGCUGUCCUGCUGACUGGGUCUGGCUGGUGCCUCCCAUGUCUGGUUCUCUGACCCCUGUGUUCCACCAGGAGAUGAUCAACUACAUUCUUUCCCCCUUCUACUACUACCAGCCUGACCCCUGGUUAACCCAUGUAUGGAAAGAUGAAAAGAAAAGACUGAAGAAGCAAAGAAGAAUAAGCUUCAGAGGCCUGAUAAGGGUAGUGGUCUUCUCUCAAAUACUCAUGAAAUCUGCCUUGGUAAAGAGAGUGCCCUGCACCAUCCUCUAUGCAACUGAAACAGGAAAAUCACAAACCUUUGCCAAAAAGCUCAAGUCAAUACUCAGUUGUGCUUUCAAUCCCAGGCUACUCUGCAUGGAGGACUACAAUUUCCUGGAACUGGAGGAAGAGUGUCUCUUAAUGGUGGUGACCAGCACAUUCGGCAAUGGAGAGUCUCCAGGAAAUGGACAGAUGUUCAAGAAGUACCUUUUCAACAUAAAAAACCUCAAGAACAAAGUCAGGUACUGUGUUUUUGGCCUUGGCUCUCGUAUGUACCCGCAGUUUUGUGCUUUUGCACAUGCUGUGGAUGAUAAGCUCACAGAAUUGGGAGCCAAACGAGUGACUUCAAUCGGAGAGGGAGAUGAGCUCAAUGGACAGGAAGAGGCUUUCUCCAUUUGGGCUUGCACCGUGUUCAAGGCUGCAUGUGAGGAGUUUGGUAUUGAGAGCCAUGUCUUACGGGCAGAGCAUCUAACAGACAGCUGGGACCCACUGAGAUACCGAGUGCAACCUGACAGCAGCUCCUUUGAAUGCAUGACGGCUCUCUCGGCACUUCACUCUAAGAUUCUGUUUGGUAUGAAGCUAAAGAGAAGAAAGAAUCUACAAAGCUCACAAUCAAGUCGCUGUACUAUACUGGUUGAACUGGAGGUUGGUGAUGACAAAAAAGAGGCCUUGAAUUUUGCUCCAGGUGACCAUGUGGGUGUUUUUCCAGGGAAUUCACCUGAACUGGUGAUGGCCAUUCUGAAGCACCUCCCUAAUGCCUCUCCCAUCAAUCAGAGUGUCCAACUUGAAUACCUUCUUGAGUCCUGCUAUGGGAGUGCAAAGUGGCAGACAGAUUCACGUAUCCCAGCAUGUCCUCUGGCCAAGGCUCUUACAUUCCUCUUGGAUAUCACCACUCCACCUUCUCAAAGCUUCUUGCACAAGCUCUCCCACAUGACUAAGCAGGAAGAUGACCGACAGCGCCUGUUAACGCUUGCAAAGGACUUCAAGUGUUAUUCAGAAUGGAAAGAAUUCCGCAGGCCCAAUAUCUUGGAGGUUCUGGAGGAGUUUCCUUCUCUGGAGCUUUCUGCAGCCUUCCUCCUCAGCCAGCUACCUGUGCUGAAGCCCCGCCUCUACUCUGUCAGCUCCUCCCCUGACCUCCACCCUCACGAGCUUCACCUCACUGUGUCUGUGGUCAAUUACCGUACGCAAGAUGGAAAUGGUCCUCUGCAUCAUGGUGUCUGCAGCACAUGGCUCAACACCCUCAAAGAAGGUCAGCUGGUUCCAUGCUUUAUUCACAGAUCCAGCGGGUUCCACCUUCCAUCAGAUCCCAGUUCUCCUACUAUAUUAAUUGGAGCAGGCAGUGGUAUUGCACCUUUCAGGAGUUUCUGGCAGCAGCGCUUCUAUGAAAAGAAAACAACAGGCCUAAAAGGCAGUCCGAUGAUACUGGUGUUUGGAUGUCGCAGUGCAGACAUGGAUCAUCUCUAUAAAGAAGAUACUUUGGACAUGAGAGAAAAUGGCACUCUGAAGAGCAUCACUCCUGCAUAUUCUCGCCAGGCUGGUCUCCCCAAGGUGUAUGUUCAAGAUGUCCUGAGGAAUCAGCUGAGUGAAGAGGUUUGGCAGGUCUUGUACCAGAGCACUGGACACCUAUAUGUGUGUGGGGGCAUGAACAUGGCCCGAGAUGUCGCACACACUAUACAAGAGAUCCUGGUUAAUCGUCUGGGUAUAACUCUCUCACAAGCUGGGGAAUAUCUGAAUCAAUUAAAGGUGGAGAAGAGGUACCACGAGGACAUAUUUGGAGACUAAUCCAGCUUCACUUUCAGUACUCUGAAUCUUUUCCUGUGAAGAACAGUAGCCAGGCGAUUUGGGAUAUUUCACAAUAUUUUGUAG